AUGUUCAGGUUCGAGGACAAUGUCAAGGGACGCGGAUGCACUCUCCAAAAGGCCGGACCCGGCCGUGGAUGCAAUGUUCAAAAGGGACCAGGACGUGGAUGUAACGUCCAGAAGACCGCCGGACCAGGCCGUGGAUGCAACAUCCAACGUGGCCCUGGCCGUGGUUGCAACGUUCAGAAGGCAUAA